ACAAGUUAAACCCAAUAUUAUUAUUAUUAUUCCGUUCGUCACAGGGUCUCUGCAGCAGGAGGCCACACGGGGCAGUCUCUUAUUUAAUUAAAAUAAUAUUUAAUUCAAGUCACACGUCCUGGGGAUAAGAAGCAUUUCCGUAAAUACAAUUGAUACAGAUUAUUAAUACAACAUAACGUCGCGUGCAUAUGUCUCCGUUGGCCUUCCUCCCCGCAGGCCCGCAUGCAUCUGAUAUCCGCCUGAAUAAAUCAUCAUGCGGAUCGUAUGUGUGACGUUUUUUUUGGGGGGGUGGGGGGCAUCGCUCCUGGCGACCGGAAGUGUUGUACAAAACAGACGCAAACAGCUCGUGCAGUUGCGCACGCGAUCACACGCAGAGAGGAACGGCGUGAUCGUUAAUACAACAACACAAGAUGCACAUGAGGGCAGCACAGAGACAGAUUGAUGUGUAGGCUACAUUAUUUAGGUCGAAUUGAGAUAUUGUCAUUUUUCAAAACAGCCAAGUAAAUUAUGCCAGCCUGUAAACGUUCGUAUUUUUCUUACAGUAUCAAAAGAGAUAAUUAUUUUAGUUAGUUUUAUUGUUGCAGAUUUUAAAAUGACACCAAAUGCGUUCCAAUAAAGUGUGUUUGAGAGUGGUGGUCCCGAUAACGUCUAAAUCAUCUAAAUGCAUCAUGGGGUUUGGUCCAUGAGGCUCGGGGACAGGAAGUGCCGAUAGACCCGGUCCUGAGGCCUGGAGGACAAAGAUGUGUCCCCUUACUGAAGAAAUAUAUACGUAUCAUAUGAGCGUAACAUUUCCUAAAAUAAUUGUGGAUAACUCUGGUUGUAUCUAUGCUUCAUGUGUUAAAGCUGCAUUCUCUCUCCUGACCACCAGGGGGCUCCUCUGGUUGUAUAGAAGUCUAUAUAGUGACUCUACUUCUCUUCAUGUGUUCCCUCAGUAAACAUUGUAAACAUGAGUUUAUGUCUCAGUCUCUAGUUUCAAAUCUUCUUCUACACAGCAUGAUGUCAUCAUUUAGUAAUUUAUGGUAAUUUAGAGUCAAACAGACCAUAAAGCAGGGGACGCUUUAGGGGCGGAGCUUACUGUGAUUGACAGGUCUCUGCCAGAGACGUAUAUGAUGUCACUCCGUCAUUCCUCCGCAUUCCAAAUAUGAUAACUUCUGAUGGUGGCGUCGGAAGAAAACUCCAAAACUCAAGGCUUCCAACCAACGGGGUGACGUCUGUAAUCUGCAACCUCGCCUCACGCACACACACACACACACGCACACACACCGCGCCUCCAAACGCCCUCAAAGCGGCAUCGAUCUCCUCACGCCGUUCUUUCCCUCGCAGCAACAUGAACAUCGGAGGCAUCGUCUUCCCGCUGGAGCAGCAGUCCAGGGACGAGGAGUCGGUGGUGUACCACGCGCUGUACGACACCGAGGGCGUCCCGCACACCAAGAGCGGGGACCGGCAGCCCGUCCAGGUCACCAUGGAGUUUAUCAAAGCGGGGACGUUUGAGACGGUCUGGCAGGCCAAAUACUACAACUACUACAAGCGGGAGCACUGCCAGCUCGGCAACAAGUUCAGCAGCAUCGAGUACGAGUGCAAGCCCAACGAGACGCGGACCCUCAUGUGGAUCAACAAGGAGGCCUUCAACUGAGCCCCCCCCACGCGAAGCAGAGGACAUCAGUUGCACCAGGACUUUGAAACAUCAGCAUCCCCCCCCCACACACAAAAAAAUUACACAAUUUAAAAAAAGGACGGCCUUAUCUUAAAGGCAUCAAGUAGGAAAAGGGUCAGGUGAGAGCCGGACUAGCUGUUUGCUCUGCUCGUCUUUUAAGGUUUUUAUUUAUGUAUUUAUUUGAUUGCUGCUUUCAGCAGUCGGUGCUUCACACGCCAGCGAGCGCGAAUAGCUUCGAGUAAUAUUCAGAAAUCCUCAACGACGCGCGCUCGCUCAUGUUUGCCAGCAGGGCCAAAAAUUCAAGAUGUUUUAAUAUUUUAAAAAAAAAGGGGAAAUGAAGGUUCGGAACAUGGGUAAAGAUCAUUUUAUUUUCUUUAAAAAAAAAAAAAAGAAGCUCUUGUGAAUCCAUUUAAAAAAUAAUGAGAUGGUAAAUUUAAACUCCCGGUCUUCACCGCGUGGGUUGGACUUCCCUUCAGGAAGGUUGCGUUGCGUUGCUAGCAGUGCCUCGUGCUAAGCUAGGCUAAACACGGGGCGGAUCUUUACGGACGCGCACCGAAAAAUGUCAUCGAUCUUCUGAUCUUACUCUGGGAGGAGAGAAUAAACGAGUGUUUUGCCCCAAACAUGUUACCCCUGGGUAUAUAGGGUUUAAAAGUACCGCAGCACAAGUUGUGAGGAGCGCAGCAGCUAGCAGGGCGCCGGCUGAAGGCCAGGGUGGAGGACGCCUCUGGGUGGAGGGAGAAGUUCAUCUUAUUUAUAAAGCUGUGUGGAUGAGAGAGGAGAGACGGCGUGUGAGAGUGUGGAUGUCGUGAUAGGUUUGUGUAUUGUGUACAAGAGUUGGCAAGCGUUCUGAUUCUGAUAUCAAUCCACCAGAAAUCAAAGUUCGAGAGCUGCAAAAAAAAUGUAAAUAAAACAUUUCUGGGAUCAACCAAAACCUCCAUGAGAGAAUAUGAGAUCUGUGAGAUCUAACAACAGAUUCAACACAUCCUACGAAAAUACCCAAACCAACAGGGUCAGUGUCUUUCUGACUUCCUGUCUGUGGCUCUCAGCUGCGAGCCCAUUGGUUCCCAUGAAGUUGGAAAUCUUUAAGUAUAUAUAGUUGUGUGUGACCAUAGAAAAAGCCCCAAAACAGCCACCGUACUGUAUUUUUUAAUCACACAAAUAGGAGGAAAUAGUGCAUUUGUUGGGGACUAUUUUAAGCGGCGGAUUAAUCCACAGUGUGUGUUUGUGAUUGGGUUCAAAUAGAGUGUGUGUACUUGUGAGCCAUACAUCCAUGGUUGGUUUUGGCCUUUCUUUCUUUUUUAACAUAAUUUGUUGUUGUCCUUCUGAAACGGGUCUUUUAUUUGGAGGCGCGGUGCAAGCGCUUCACUUUGUGUUUUAAUUUGUGCCACAACUAUUUAUUUAAAUUAUUUAUUUUCUCUGUUUUCUCCUGAAGUGCACGGCUGUAUUUAUUUUGCCAAAUAUGAUCCGUUUGUUUGUUUGUUUUUCCUCAAUGCAUAAAGCUCGCUGUUUUUGUUAUGUGUAGAACUAUAGUGCAAAGUGUAUUUGUCAAUAAAACAAUAUACUGAACCAAUA